AUGGCCUUAUCACCAUUUAUUGACCAACAUGGCAUACUCCGCGUGGGAGGUAGACUUGACAAAAACAGACAAGGAGAUGACAAUCUUCACCCUGUGAUCAUGCCCAAGAACCAUUAUGUCACCAGGCUGCUCGUGCGCAAAUUCCACCACCAAGUGCUACAUCAGGGACGACUGUUGACGGAAGGUGCACUUCGUUCUGGAGGAUUCUGGGUAGUAGGUGCCAAAAAUCUCAUAAGAUCAGAGAUCAAAUCCUGUGUCACAUGUCGCAAGUUGAGAGGAAGUUUUGGUUGGCAGAAGAUGGCAGAUCUACCUGAGGACAGGAUACAGCCUGCUCCACCUUUUUCUUAUGUAGGUGUAGACACCUUCGGUCCCUGGACAACCACGCAACGACGGACCAGAGGGGGAACUGUGAAUCAGAAGAGAUGGGCUUUGAUGUUUACAUGCCUCGUUUCACGAGCAGUUCAUUUGGAAGCCAUUGAAGAAUUGUCCACAGCUUCAUUUAUUAAUGCAUUACGCAGGUUCGUGGCCUUAAGAGGCCCUGUUAUACAGUUUCGAUCAGAUCGCGGGACAAACUUCAUUGGGGCAGUGCAUGAACUAAAAAUUCCCUCUGACCUGGUGGAAAACCCAGUAUCAAAAAAGUAUCUUAAGGAGAACAAGAUCAUGUGGGUGUUCAAUCCUCCCCAUGCCUCCCACUUUGGCGGGGCAUGGCAAAGAAUGAUAGGUGCUUCAAGGAAGAUACUGGACAGCUUACUCUUGAACCAUAAGGGACCUUUAACGCAUGAAGUUUUGACCACAUUCUUGAUGGAAGUUAGUGCUAUUCUGAAUGCUAGACCACUUGUCGCAGUAUCAACUGACCCAGAUGCACCACAGGUACUUUCACCAGAUAUGUUAAUUCAUCAGAAAACCAUACAUACCUCACAGUUGGAUAUUCCAGUGUUCGGGACUAAAGACGCCCUCAAGAGUUCCUGGAAGCAGGUGCAGUACUUGGCAGAUCAGUUCUGGCAGAGAUGGCGCAUAGAAUACAUGCAAAGCUUACAGAUUCGUCAGAAAUGGUUGACAGAAGGUAGACAGUUUCAGAAAGGAGAUGUGGUUCUCAUGCGUGACGCUUCUUUAGCCAGAAAUCAGUGGCCCCUUGCUAUAGUAACAGAGACCUUUGAGAGUAAUGACGGACGCGUACGCAAGGUGAAGAUAUUUUGUGGCCGUAACAGAACAUUUUAUGUGAGACCUGUUACUCAGUUGUGUUGUCUCAUUGAAGUAGCUAAGUAG